AUGCCUUUCCGAAGACACAACACUGAUGCUCCACUGGACAAUUUGCAAUACAAUACACCUAGAGGCAAUUACCCUGUCACCAUAGUCAGCGACCAGGUUUAUUAUGCUCCAGCAGCAACGACUAAGAAAACUCCAUCGAAUUUUCCGCACCUUUACAACAAUCGCGAAGGACUCAAAGAUGCUGAAUAUCCACUCUUUGAUGAAAUGGAGACCAGGAAAAAGCAACUUUACGAAUUCCCGAUCAAAACACCCAGCGAACGACCGUUUGAUUAUGGUACCAAAGCCUCGAAACCAGAUAAGAACCGCCAGGGCGUUGUUUUUCAAAAGACACAGAAGGGGCAAAAGGCUAAAGCGGUCGAUCUUGCUCACCCUCCCAAUCAAAGUGGCCCGGUCAGGGCAGUUACAAAUCGAGACAAGCAGUUGAUUGGUGUUAUGUAUCAUCCGGAAGGAGAUAUGAAGGGUUUUGAAAAGGCGUCUCUUGGAGCGUUGGAUCGACAGGGUAGAGAGGAUCCGCGUAAACAUGCCUAUCAUACAACUCACGUGUCUCGUGCCAGUACCAUUCCAUACAAGUCAUGGUAA